AUGUUCCUCUCCUUCCCCUUUUUCACUAUAGCAGCUCUCGAGCAGUUCAUCGUCCCCAACAAAUUCUCCAUUGCACCCGAAGGGUCAAAAGAAAAAUUCAUACAAGAAUAUUCGUGGCAUCAAUUUGUCCUUCUCGCCCUCACAAUUGCUGUCGGAUUUGCCAGAGGUGUUCCUGCUACAGACGCGCCAGACGAGCCCCAGCGUCUUUCGAAUGUGAAGAAGCCGAUGUAUUUUGUGAUUGGUUAUGGUAUCUUGCAAGCGAUUCUCGGGAUAUCGCUGACUUUUUUGUAUUCUCCCGAUUCGGAGACAAGAUACCUCAUAACCACUGUUUCCCAAAUUCUACUGGUAAUGCUUCUCAGCUACUACGCUGCACCAAUGUUUUUUACGUGUACUAUGUGGUACACUUGGAUUAUAUUUCCAGCUAUCAUAUGUAUGAUUGGUGGUUGUAAGGCACUCUUCGCACAUCAACUAGAUUGUUACAAAACUCUAUUCAUAUUUUGGAUAAUGAUGAUAUUCUUUGGUCUACUCGACAUGUAUCUGAUGGCUGUUAAUCACAUUUACGAUGGUUGUUUUCAUUUUCAACAUCGAGCACCCACUCCUCGUUAUCCAGAAUGGUUAAUGUAUCGCCCACCUCAUCCGAUACCUACUGUUCGUUAUUAA